GCAUCCUCUCUCUCUCUCUCUGUCUCGCUCUCUCUCUCUCUCUCUCUCUCUCAGCUCCUGUUCCUCCCAACCCUGGCUCCAUCACCUCCAGACCUCUCCUCUCCACGACACACCCAUCAAUAAACAUCACCAUGGCAACUGAGCCCUUAAACUCUGCAGUUCUAGGUCCACCAGUGGUCAUCAUGGUGUGUGUGAGUCUGGCUGUGUUGGUGGUGGGACUCAUCCUGCUACUGAUAUACAAAUGGAGGAGAAACAGGAAAUCAUCAAGACCAGUCACCAAUCCAGACACAACAACUCAAGACUCCACCUACCAAACCCUCAACACAGCAACCCAAGACUCCACCUACCAAACCCUCUACACAACAAACCAAGACUCCACCUACCAAACCCUCAACACAACAACCCAAGACUCCACCUACCAAACCCUCAACACAACAAACCAAGACUCCACCUACCAAACCCUCAACACAACAACCCAAGACUCCACCUACCAAACCCUCAACACAACAACCCAAGACUCCACCUACCAAACCCUCAACACAACAACCCAAGACUCCACCUAUCAAACCCUCAACCCAGCAACCCAAGACUCCACCUACCAAACCCUCAACACAGCAACCCAAGACUCCACCUACCAAACCCUCAACACAGCAACCCAAGACUCCACCUACCAAACCCUCAAUACAACAACCCAUGACUUCACCAUUCAAACCCAAAACACAACAGACCCAAACUAAAAUGAUGGCACCAUUAACUUCACACUGAGACAGGAUAGUGUUAGCGAAGUGUUAGUCUCUGUAACAUUUGUACUUGGAAAUCAAUUUUGGAGCAUACUUUUUCAAUCACAGUAAAUAUAUGUGGAUCAAUUUAAUACAAUAUAGUGAUGUAUACCUGAUGCAUAUAUUGUCAUCAUCUCAACAAUGUGUUCCUCGUCUGCUGAAAUAGACAUGGUAACUUUAGAACAGUGAAGUUGACAGUUUUAAGACUUAGUCACCUACAGGAAGCUGAGUUGUCUGGUGGUUUAGAAGUCUAACCUCCGGCCUGAUUGAACCAGUUUCACUCUGCAGCACAUAUAGACCUGGAGACACUGAGGUCACUACAGAGAAAUGAGGAUGUGUAGGCAAAUGCCCAUCCCCUGAACACCACCUCUGACAUGGAGAGAUAGAGAGAGAGAGAGAGAGAGAGAGAGAGAUAGAUAGAGUGAGUGAGAGGAGUUGGGUGUCAGAGGAGGAAGGAGCUUUCAAAAAAUAAGAAAGAUCUCUUCAGAAACACCCAGCUGUCAAACUAGUAACUGACAGACAAGCUGUUGUUGACCUGUGCUAGCUGGUAGUAUAGUAAAGUAACAUUAACAGUACAGUAACUGUGCUAGUAAAGUAACUUUAACAGUAUAGUAACUGAGGAGUAACUGUCCAGAAUGAAGAUACUCCAUCUUGUCUACUGCUGUCUCCUCUCAUAUGAGUUCUGUCUGUUUGUCUGUCUCAGUUUCUAUACUAAUGUCUGGAUCAUAUAGUACAUAAUGAAUUAGAUAAUUAUUUGUAAUUAUUUGUCUGUAAGUAACAUGUGUGCAGAUUUGAGCAGGGUGAAAGUAAGAUUUGAGCAGGGUUAAAGUAAGAUUUGAGCAGGGUCAAAAUAAUAUUCAUGCAGGGUUAAAGUUUGAUUCAUGCAGGGUUCAAGUCAAAUUUGAGCAAGAUUAAAGUAAGAUG